CAGUUUCGAUUUGAAUUAGGACAGAUUUUAGAUCGCAAUGUUUAAACUCGCAGUGUUUGUUACCCUUGUGGCGGGAUGCUUCGCAUUCCCAGAUCCAAGGAUUGUCAAUGGUACUGAUGCCAAGGAAGGAGAAAUUCCAUACAUUAUCUCUUUGAGAUAUGGUAGCUCUCACUCUUGCGGUGGUUCAAUCCUGGAUGCCACCCACGUCUUGACCGCCUCUCACUGCGUCGAAGGAAGGACUGGAAACCCAGGUGCCUUUAAGAUACAAUACGGUGUCUUGAAAAUCAACAGCAACGAGAACGUCAUUGGUGUGAAAUCCAUCGCCAUGCACCCAGAAUACAACCCAUACAACAACUAUGCCAAUGACGUUGCUGUCCUUACUUUGGAUGGUGAAAUCGAGUUUGGAGACAAUGUGAGGCCAACCAUCCUCCCAGAACCAUUCAGCGCCACCCCCGGAGACAAGACCGCCGUUUUGGCUGGUUGGGGAUACCCAUACACCGGUGGCAAUGUUAUGCAAAACUUGCAACGCGUUGACAUCAUCUGCUACACCGAUGAGAACUGCGAAGUUGCCCACAAGGGAAGUACCGAUAGGCAAGUUCAUGUUUGUGCUGGAAUUCCAGAAGGAGGCAAGGGACAAUGCAGCGGUGAUUCUGGUGGCCCAUUGACCGUUGAUGGUGUCCAAGUUGGAGUCGUCUCCUGGUCUGUCAAACCAUGCACUGUUAAGGGAUACCCAGGUGUCUUCGCCCGUGUCGCUAACUACGUCGACUGGAUCAAGGAACAACUUUAAAUGUUUUAGGAUUAUAGAUAUUAAAUAAAAAUAUAAAAUUCAA